UUUAAGCUAAACGGGCUUGAUACAACCGGCCACAGAUCAUAAACAAGCUGUUCUCGUUAUCGACAUGCGACUCUAUUUAGUCUAUAUUCAGCAGUUCUCGUUAUCGACAUGCGACUCUAUUUAGUCUAUAUUCAGCAGUUCUCGUUAUCGACAUGCGACUCUAUUUAGUCUAUAUUCAGCAGUUCUCGUUUUCGACAUGCGACUCUAUUUAGUCUAUAUUCAGCAGUUCUCGUUUUCAACAUGCGACUCUAUUUAGUCUAUAUUCAGCAGUUCUCGUUAUCGACAUGCCACUCUAUUUAGUCUACAUUCAGCAGUUCUCGUUUUCAACAUGCCACUCUAUUUAGUCUAUAUUCAGCAGUUCUCGUUCUCAACAUGCCACUGUAUUUAGUCUAUAUAUAUAUUCAGCAGUUCUCGUUUUCAACAUGCCACUCUAUUUAGUCUAUAUUCAGCAGUUCUCGUUCUCAACAUGCCACUGUAUUUAGUCUAUAUAUAUAUUCAGCAGUUCUCGUUUUCAACAUGCGACUCUAUUUAGUCUAUAUUCAGCAGUUCUCGUUUUCAACAUGCCACCCUUUUUAGUCUACAUUCAGCAGUUCUCGUUGUCGACAUGCGACCCUAUUUAGUAUCUAUUCAGCAGUUCUCGAUUUCAACAUGCCACUCUAUUUAGUCUAUAUUCAGCAGUUCUCGUUUUCGACAUGCGACUGAGAUCUCAAUCGAUAUGGGCGAUUUAAGUUUACUGCGAUUUUUUGCGGGCAUAAUAGCACGCGUAUAAUCAUUUCUUACCGCAGUGCGCCUAAGAUAGAUAAAAUGGAGAAUUCAUGGGGAAACGGAAGGCUAUCACAUCAGCCUACAUACCAAAUAGAAGCGACCAAUCAGAGUAUAAAGAUAUCGUUUAGUUUCGUUGAUCUACAAGUAUAUUGUUACUAAUGACUCCAACAUGAGAAACCUAAAUCUCCAUUUUCAAAGUACAAGCAUGAAAUGUUUUCAUACACAAGAAUAAAUACAUUUGUUUAUAUUAUACACUGACAGCUGGUCCAUUAUGUACCGCAGCACCUGCACGCAAACCAUUAAUUCAUAUCGACACUUUUUGCUGUAGAUGAAUGAGAAUAUUUACAGGCAGAGCCGCCUAUGCAUUUUCCCCGGACCCCAUGACUUAAGAAAGAACCUAAAUAUAAAGACCUUAAAAAAAUGUUAGGCUCGGUGUAGUAUUCGCGCACAAGUCGAAAGUACGUGUGACAGUCUAAGAUACGUUGAUUUUGUUUGUACUGAAAAGUUUGUUUGUAAACCCUUUCACAUCGCUUUGAAGUACUUUAUGCCUCGCAGAUAUUUAAAACCAUGCCGUCAUAGAGCUCCUGAAAAAUUUGUGCCCCGGGCCCCACAAUUUCUCUCGGCGGCCCUGUUUACAGGUUCAAACAACGAACUCAUUGUGAUUUUGAUUUUGAGUUAAGGGUAUUACAUUUUUACCUGCAUACGACCUGCUACUGAGACAGGGAGAGUUCAAACAAUUUCUCCAGAUUCAAAAUAUAGUUAGAUCGCUUCUGAAUAUAGAAACAGGUGAAAUGCGUACCCAAAUCGUGAUAUUUUAAACCAUGCAUGAAAAAGAAAUUAUUAACGGUCUUGAAAAGCAAUUUUCUUAAUAAUAUAUAAUAACCUUGCAUUUAGGACAGACGUCAAAUAUACAUCCUAACGCAAUUACUGCAAGCGUCAUGUAUUUGUCUUUAUUUUUCACGUGGAUGUUUUUAAUUUAAACUUUAGAAAACUUACAUUUUCAUCCUUAUUACUUUGAAAGACUCAAUCAAAAUGGCUUUAUUUUUCUAAAUACAAGAUGGGCAAUUUUUUUCAUUCCCACUAACAGGUACUUUGUAUCCGACACACGAACAGGUGGUGCAUAAUAUGUAAAAAAGUCGUCAUACUUUAUUAAUGGUUUCAAAUUUUGCAUAAAAUUGCAUUUUAAAUCGUAAAUAAUGCAUCACAAAAUUGUUGGACGACAGUUAAAAAGAUGAUGACUUGAUGAUGAAACUCAAUGAUCAACAUGUCUCCAUAUAUGGCUGUAGUGUUAAGCGUAAGUGCGUUUAUAUUCAUCUCAAGAAUACUCCAGCCUGGCGAAUGUUUAGUCGCUCAAGCUUUCUUUCGCAAAAAAGAUGGUGAAUAUUUAGCAAAUCAUGUCCUCGAAAAAAAACACGCAGAAACCGAGUUAGAAUGCAGUAUGUACUGCAUUCGACAUGGAUCAUGUGUGUCCGUUAAUUACAAAACCUCCGGGAUCGGUAAAGGUCGAUGUGAGCUGAACAGCAAGACCAUUGAAGACGCAUCUGACGAUGAAGGACGUAUACGCGAUCCUGAUUUCAAGCACCUUUAUGUAAUCAAAAAGAUACAACCGGAACCCGAUCUAACAAGCACUCCACGGACACAAGAUCUCUUCACCGGUGUUUUGAAUCGUACAAACAUAUCACACCCAAUGCCAAUCGAAACGUCUUGCACGGCUAUACGCAUAAAGAAUACUUCAGCAGAUAGUGGUUUCUAUUCCAUAAUGCCACAAGGACUCAACUUCUCGGUUCGAGUAUUUUGUAACAUGACUUCAAAGGGUGGCGUUGGUGUGACAGUGAUUGGACAUGACAGUGAAUCGAGAACCUUUGUGGACGGAUAUGAAGCUGCAGGUUCUUACAAGAAAACCAUAAAAUAUGAAAUUUCCAUGGAGCAGAUUGUUGCCAUUAUGAACCAGUCUAAGAAUUGUGAGCAGUUUAUAAAAUAUGAAUGUCUUGGAAGCACAUUUGUAUAUAAGGGUGAACGAAAGAGUUGGUGGGUAUCACGUCAAGGUUCAAAGAUGAAUUACUGGGGUGGAGCGGCAGUUGACAGUGGAAAAUGUGCCUGUGGAAUGACCUACAGCUGUGUAGGUGGGGGAAACUGCAAUUGCGACGAAAAUGAUCAAGUAUUACGCGAAGACAGUGGAUACCUCACCGACAAAAACACACUACCUGUCACUGAACUAAGAUUUGGAGAUACUGGUCUAAGUUCAGGUAUUUUCAAUCGUACCGACAAAUCAGCCCCGAUUGCAUUUGAAACUUGCACGAUUCUACGAUCGGAAAAUCAUUCAGCGGACAGUGGAAAGCAUUUCAUAAAGCCACGAGGAAUUAAGUUCAGGGUGCCAGCAUUUUGUAACAUGACCUCGAAGAAUGGUGCUGGUGUAACAGAGAUUGGACAUGACAGUGAAUCACGAACAUUUGUGACCGGAUAUGAGGCCGCGGGUUCCUACCGACGAAUGAUUAAAUAUGAAAUUUCCAUUGACCUGAUCGUUGCCAUUAUGAACCAGUCCAAGAAUUGCGAGCAGUUUAUAAAGUAUGAAUGUCACAGUAGUGUUUUCCACAAUCAUGAUGAUAAACUAUUUGCUUGGUGGGUAUCACGUCACGGCGCAAAGAUGAAUUACUGGGGUGGAGCGGCAGUCGACAGUGGAAAAUGUGCCUGUGGAAUGACCAACAGCUGUGCAGGUCAAAGAAAAUGUAAUUGUGACAAGAAUGAAUAUACAUGGCGUGAAGACAGUGGAUACCUGACAGACAAGAACACGCUGCCUGUUACUGAACUGAGAUUUGGUGAUACUGGUAAUACUACCACUGAGUAUGGCUAUUUUACACUCGGAAACUUACGAUGCUGGGGUUAAAGAAUGAAACAUAUAUCCUGAAGUAAUGUAUGGGAUUUUUGCUAUAGCCUAAAUAGUCAACAUAUGAAUUUUCUUUUUGCACUAACUUUUCUUCCGCAUAUAUUUUCAC